AUGUCAGGUACAGCCGGACUGCGGGAGGAGUGCGGAGUAUCACAUGAAGGUGGAUCAAGUCGAUCUCUUCUGUAUGAAGCAGAAUCUAGACUUACAUAUCUAUCCAAUCUUCGGAUUGUUACUUCCAGCUGAUAACAUAAAUCAUUGCAGCUUACAGCCCCCCUCCUUCGUUUCCUUUGAGGGUCGACAGCCCCGCUUCUCUUCUGGAAGGGUGUUAUUCCUUUCAAGUAGCCUACAAGAGAACAUCCAUUCUACCCAUAAUUCACAUUCGGUCGACAACCUAUCCAUUUCCAUAUUGUUGAAUCCUCUGCCCUUCUUUCAGGGUCACAGAACCUCCAGCCCACUCUCUUUCCAACCGACAAGCAGAUUACAGUCGCGGGCUUUCGACAUUUUUCCUGGGUCAAUGUUCCGGGGGUUUCAACAAAACCGAGACUCAAUGUUGUCUCUAGAUAUCCGCGAUGGUUCCGAUGAUUUUCGAGCGUCCCCUUACGAAAACUUAACUAGAUUCCAGCACAGGGUUAUACCACCUUCUCCGCCACCAACACCACCAAAGAAUAUAUUGCCAUCUACGAUUCUCAUCACGGGAGGCACCGGAUUCCUUGGGAAACUUGUCAUUGAAGCUCUGUUUCGUCGACAGUCGGAGUUCCCUUUCGAUCGUAUUGUUUUGUUAGCCAGGGGAAAACGGGGCCAAGAUCCGCAAGCGAGAUUUCGAAAUACGGUCGCAACUUCGCCAUGUUUUUCAAAUCUGUCGCCCAGCUGGAUGGACCAGGUCCAAAUUGUUGAAGGAGAUGUCACGAAGGAUAAAUGUGGUAUGCGGCCAGAAUUAUAUCGGGAGAUCUGCCGAGAUGUCACACAUAUCAUACACUGCGCAGCGUCCAUUAAAUUUGACAAUCCCAUCAAAGAUGCAAUGAAAUCGAAUAUUGGAGGUACAGUCAAUGUUUGCCUCUUGGCAGAUAAAUGCAGGAGAUUGGAGAGAUUGUUGAUGACUAGCACUGCAUACGUCACACCACACACAAGAGACCCCAUCGGAGAGGAACUUGCCCCCCUGCCUUUGCCAGUCGAUAAACUCAAGCAGAUUAUCAAGGAGGGCAAGAUAAGUGAGAGCGAAAUCCUCAAGCUCACCGGUCACGAGAAUACCUACACUUUGACCAAGUGUAUGGCGGAACAUUACAUCGAUGAAUGGUCCAAAACCUUGCCCAUCACUAUUGUGCGUCCCAGCAUCAUAUCAGCGAGCCGAAAGUUUCCAUUUCCUGGCUGGAUUGACAGUCCAGCCGCAUUUGCGGGGUUGGUUAUUGGGCUGAGCUCAGGCAUGUUGAAGGUUCUUGACGGCAGUCGGUCGGUCAAGCUAGAUGUUGUCCCGGUGGACGACGUAGCUGCUGAGAUCAUCAAUCAAACUUUCCUCACGGGCCACGAACCCUCGAGAAUUGCAUACGCAGUAUCAACGCUCACCAACGCACUCGACAUUGACGAGACUGGUAUUACAAUCAUGACCUAUUUCAACCAGACAGCCAGUAAGCCGGCUCCCAAGAUAAUGUUCUGCAAGCAUAAAAGCUUCGAGCAUAGAUUUCUGGACAUCUGCUAUCACCAGUUGCCGCUUAUGGCCGGAAAGUUCUACUACAGCACGAAACGGAACGAGGCAAUGAAAUACAAGAUUGGCAAGCUUUCGGGUUUGAUCUCGGCCGUCAAUCGAGCGUUUCCAUAUUUCUGUCACAACACUUUUGAUUUCAGACCACAGAAAGAUCUUUAUGAUGGCGAGGCUUUUGAUACCCAGGCUUAUGUUGUGACUGUUUGCAAGGGGGUGCAGCAACACAUCUUGAACCAGCGACGUGCUCCUGUCGUCAGUGCGAAGAAGAAGGGUGGGAAGGCGACCAAGGGGGCUCCAGGAGAUGAAGCAGACUGUGGCACUUUCAGAGAGGGAGAUUGA